AUGAACUUUAGGUCUCUCGCUAUCCUGGCUUUCUGCAGUCAAGUAUGCUUCGCCCGCUCCUCCCCUUGCCUCGUACCAACAACCAACCACACACUCGCUUCAACCUCAAUAAUCUUCCAACUCGACAAAAACAACACUUGGUUUGAGAACAUCUUUGUCCGACCAAACGGAAACCUCUUAGCUACACGCUUAGACCUUCCGGAGUUAUGGUCCAUCACCCGAGGUCCCAACAACACCGCAGGAUCCGGUAGCCUCCUCUACACCUUCCCUAACGCUACCAGCCUCCUUGGCAUAGCACCCAUAGACCACGACACCUACGCGGUCGUAGCCGGCAACGUCUCAAUGUCCACAUUCACUGCCACCCCAGCCUCCUUCGCGAUCUGGACCAUCGACGUCACAGAUCCUGACCAUCCUAUUGCCCGCCCCCUCGUUCGCAUGCCCGAAGCAUCUUUCUUAGACGGCAUAACCCGCGUCAACGAAGACAUCUACCUCAUCACCGACGCUGUAAAAGGAGAAAUCUGGCGUCUGAACAUAACGAGCGGAGAGUACUCGGCUGGCCUGUCGAAGAGCGUGAUGUUGCCUGCAUCCUCAUCCAGCACCAGGAUCGGGGUUAAUGGGGUAAAAGUCCGGGACGGCUACGUGUAUUUUACUAGUACCUCAAAGGGGAUUUUUGGACGGAUACCCGUUAACAAGGACAUGGUGCAAACGAGUCAUAUGGAGAUAAUCACCAGCGGGCUCACGCUUGAUGACUUCUACUUGGCGCAGGAUGGAAGGGCGUACUUAGCUACAAACAGUGAGAAUAGGCUGUUUGAGGUGUUGCCUGAUGGGAAGGUCCGUCUUGUUGCUGGCGGGUUGAAUGAGUUGACGGUGGCGGGCUUGACAGCUGUUACGAGGAGCCAAGAUGGAAGGACCCUGUACGUUACUACAAAUGGGGGAAUGUCUUCGCCAGUUUCUUGUACGAUGGUCGAGCCGGCGAAGAUCGUGGCUGUGAAACUAUGGUAG